AUGGGAUGGCGAAGCUUGCUGCUGUUGCUGCAGGUCAAAGCGCCUGCAGCUGCAGGCUGGCGUGUGCCGUGGUACUUCGACUGCCGCCACAACUCCGAGUGGACACACUUCAAGACAGCCUUGGAAGUGCUUGGGGAUGUCUACCAGGAGGAAGUCUUUUGGUGGUCACAAGCCUUGCUGGAAAGGAUAGAGCCAAGCUUUCUCCGAGUUCAGAAUACAGAUCACUUAUUUUUCCUUUGUAAUCCCAAUGGAAGUCUUGAGGAUGACGAGUGGGUGCCGGUUCAGUCAGAUGAAGACAGCAUCUUCAGAUUGAGCACCGGCACGGGUCAAUGGACUAAGGAAGAGCAAGAGAGCCGAAGCUAUGCCUUGGGUGAUUUCUGCUACUUCGGCUAUAUGGCUGCGAUUGCUUAUCGGACGAGGAACACUGAUUCAUCAAUUCCUGGAGUUUUGGAGGGUCGGAAACAUGCCAUGACCCUGCUUCAGAACUUCCUGAUGAGUCGAGCGAACUCGGUGGAUUUCUUGGAAUCCUCCGGCUGGAUGAAGCAUGAGACCUUGUUGAAGCACAUCUAUCCGGAUGCUGGACCUGGAAGGCAAUGGUCAAGGCACCUGCGUGACGAUCCAGACAGGCCAUUGGUGGAACUGGGGCUGAAAGCUGUUGACACAGGGCCGCAGCCGUUGGCACUACGCGUUGCGGCCAUUGGCUACCACACCACGCUGGUGUUGGAAUUGAUUUCCCUUUGGGAGGAGUUUCUCUCGGAUCAGCUUCGACUCCACUUCGCGGUGCACGUGCUGGAACCGGGCCUGGGUACUGCGGAGCAGGUGCGGGCUGCCAGCGUUUGCAAAGACUUCCAGAGCUAUGGCGACCUCUGCGGUUGGGAUGCCAGGCUUUUACGCCUUAACGCCAGGCACUUCACUCGAGUCACUUUGCCGCUGGCUGCACUGCCAAGCCCCCAAAUCAAGGAUCCGGCUGCCUUUGUCCAAGACUUUGUGGCUACCUUCAGAGAUGAGCAAUUCGGGCAUGCUGAAGGCCAUCGUGAUCUGCGAAUUGAAGGUGCGGAUCUGUUCCUUUGCACCGAGCCGGCAUUUCUGUGCAAUGCCAUGGGCCGAGCCUUUCCAAAUCGGCCGCUGGUGGGGUACUUCGCGAAUCCCUUGACGGCGUACCUCCCUGCCUACGCUGCGAGCGCCUGGCUGAGGGACUUCCUGAGCCUCUGCAGGAAUCAGCUGAUGGAACGCUCGGCACCAUUCCUUGCAGUUUCCAGUACAAGGUUCUUGGCGGAGCAGGUGAGAUUCCAGACUGGAGCUCCAAGAGUCUAUGCGGCUCGACCUUUGGCAGCAUAUUUGGGGCCAGUGCGAGGAAAAUCCUCUGAUGGAGAGGUCAUAGUGCUGCGGCAACCCAGCAUGUUUUGGAACUCUGCUUGCAUCUUAAACAGCAUGGCGCGGAUGAACAUGGCAGAGUUGGAAGCAACAAUUCAGGCAAAGUCUGGACACGCGCUUCGGGCAGCAUCCCUACGCUUCGUGGCAAGUGAGGAGUUGGCGGAUGCAUCCUCCGAGGCCAUUGCCGCCUUCAAAGCCUGUGUCAUUUUCCCGUACGAUGUGUCGCAGAUGAGGCUAUAUGAGCUGUAUGCUUUAUCUCUUCCUCUCUUCGUGCCUGAGCGUAGGCAGUUGCCGAGCUACAUCUACCGUGGUCUCACCACCAUUGAGGAUUUUAACCACGUGCUGACCGAUGCAGGCUUAGGAGGCAAGGGCUGGCGAAACUCUGACAUCUCUGGGCCACACCUGGACUACAAUCCGUUCGACCGUGAUUGGUUAGCAGCAGAUGCGUGGACACAACUCACACACUGGGUCACUUUGCCACACUUGCUGCGAUUCGCAUCAGCCGCAGGGCUCGUGAAGAGUUUGCUGCAAGAAGAUUUGCGCCGUGUGGCGGCAUCGAUGCGGCGGCAGCAAAUCAGCAUCCGUGGCUGCAUGGGGUGCAGUUCCAGUGAACUAAGUGGAUAACCACAUUGUGGUAGGGAUAUACCAAUAAUAUAGGGAUAUUACCAGGAAUAACUAUAAGUGCAUUAUUAUGCAUUAUUGAUAUACCCUUGUAUAUUGGGAUAUCCCCAGUGA